AUGGAGGAGAUGUUCAAGGAGCAAGACUUUUGGUCCUUCAACGAAUCCUCUAGAAACUCCAGCGUCGGCAAUGAGACCUUUGGUGGGAACCAGACUGUGAAUCCCCUGAAGAGAAAUGAAGAGGUGGCCAAAGUGGAAGUUACUGUGCUUGCCUUGGUGCUGUUUUUUGCUCUUGCUGGUAACCUAUGCGUCCUUAUUGCGAUCUACACAGCCAAGCACACUCAAUCGCGCAUGUAUUACUUCAUGAAGCACCUCAGCAUUGCAGAUCUGGUGGUAGCUGUCUUCCAGGUUCUGCCUCAACUCAUUUGGGACAUCACCUUUCGCUUCUAUGGGCCAGACUUCCUUUGCAGGUUGGUAAAAUAUCUCCAGACCGUCGGGAUGUUCGCCUCCACUUACAUGCUCGUGCUGAUGUCCAUAGACAGAUGUAUUGCUAUCUGUCAGCCCCUUCGUUCUUUACACAAGCGAAAGGACCGCUGUUAUGUGAUUGUUUCUUGGGCACUGAGCUUAGUUUUCAGUGUCCCACAAGUUUAUAUAUUCUCCUUACGUGAGAUUGGUAAUGGAGUCUACGAUUGCUGGGGAGAUUUCGUCCAGCCUUGGGGAGCAAAAGCCUACAUUACAUGGAUAAGUCUGACAAUAUACAUCAUACCAGUGGCCAUACUGGGUGGCUGCUAUGGACUGAUAAGCUUUAAAAUAUGGCAAAACUUUAAAAGGAAAACGAAGAAGCACCAGUGUAUCACUCUCACAACUGCGGCAUCGAAAGCCAACGCGCUCGCGCGGGUCAGCAGCGUCAAACUCAUUUCCAAGGCCAAAAUCACCACCGUUAAAAUGACUUUUGUUAUUGUGCUGGCUUAUAUAGUGUGCUGGACUCCGUUUUUCUUCGUACAGAUGUGGUCAGCCUGGGAUCCAGAAGCACCAAGGGAAGCCAUGCCCUUUAUCAUCUCCAUGUUACUGGCUAGCCUGAACAGCUGCUGUAACCCCUGGAUCUACAUGUUUUUCGCCGGGCAUCUAUUCCACGACCUGAAGCAGAGCCUGCUGUGUUGUUCCACACUGUAUCUAAAGUCCUCUCAGUGUCGUUGUGAUCAGGAACACGACUCACGCAAGAGCAACUGCUCCACCUAUGUCAUCAAAAGCACCAGCAGCCAGAGGAGCAUCACCCAGUCUUCCAUCACCUAAUCAUAUAUACAGUUAUUUGGACAUUUUUGAAAGCCUGGGAGAGAAGGAAAGGACAGACUUAACCCUAAGUCUCUAAAUCUCACUAUGAAGUUAACCUCAGUUGUGAUUUCUUUUGGGAAUUAUUCAUUCCCAGUGCAAUUUUAAUCACUCCACUUCUUUGCACUCCUUUUGCUGAAACUCCCUAAUUUUCUUAUCUCUUAAGAUCCUUGAGGAGCAACAAAACGAAGACAGAGUAAAUUGUUCCUUACCUUGUGGACUAUGUUUAUGAGAUGUAGUAAACAUGGGAAAGAGCCUGAAUUUCUUAAAGUUGGACCAAGAACAUGUCUGUUGAAAUUGGAAUGUAUUACACAGCUUUGUUUUUUAAUUGCAGAGAUCAAGUGGAGGAAUCUGACCCGCCCUCUGCCGUUUUGAGAGUACAUACAAGAAGAAAAAAAUGCCUUUCAUCUUUAAUGGUGCGUUCACAUACAACACGCGGCAAAGUCAAUGCAAAGAUGCGAAUAGACGCAAAAAAAUCUGCAUGACGCGUUGUCGCAAAAGUCUUUCAGCAUUGAGAUUUUCAGGAUGUCACUGACGUAAUGACGUUCUGAUGUAGUUGCAGAAGAAAUCUGGAACAAAAUGUCAAUUAUUACCUGUCAAAGAUUGUAAGGAUCAGAAUAUUUGUAAGAUUCCCAGCCGAAAGGAAGCAAAUUAUUUAGGCUUAAUCAUUUGUAAAGAUGAAAAGAGAAGAAUUCUAUUACCGGUAAACUUUCCACCGCUUAUUAAAAAAACACAAACCAAAUUAAAUCAAUGGUUGCAGAGAGACCUAACAGUAAGAGGGAGAGUCCUGCUCUCAAAAGCAGAAGGCUUGUCUCGACUAACAUAUGCAGCUCUUUCUGUUCAUGGUGACAACAAAACUUGU